AUGGCUACUCUUACCAAAAGCAGUAAUUGGAACAAUGCUUCUACCAAGCUCGUUUUCGAUCCACCAGAAGGCGAAGCAUACUCUUACAGCCUGUGGGCUCCAGAGUUGCAUGAGAUCGAUGAAAGAUGGUACAUCAUAUUCACCGCCAACGCCGAUAACGAAUCUCCACCACCAGAAACGGAUAUGCUUUGUGAUUACACCUGCCCAGCCGUCAAUCACCGCAUGUUCGUGCUGGAAAGUUCUGGAUCCGAUCCCUGGGAGUCAAACUACAGCUUGAAGGGACAACUCGACACAUACGACCAAUUCGCGCUCGACGUCUCCAACCCCUGGACCGUCUCGACUCCCCUCUCUCAACGCACCAUCCUCUCCGUGCCAACGCUACCUUGGGAGAAAACCCCCUACGGCCGGCCGACCAACAACCGUCUCUCCUCCAACGAAGCCCCCCAACAACUCACCAACCCGCACAACCCAAACCGAACCUACAUAAUCUACUCAGCCGCCCGCUCAGACAACCGCAACUAUUGUCUCGGCCAACUCGAACUCGUAGGCCAGGAUCCCAUGAACGUCAACGACUGGCGCAAAACGAUUGAAGGACCUGUUUUCUAUCAGAAUGCGUUGGAGGAGGCGUACGGAGUGGGUCAUGCGAGUUUUACUACCAGUCCCGAUGGAAGGGAGAAUUGGAUGGUUUAUCAUGGGAUGAGUGAUCCGCUGGGUGGGUGGAGGGCCAGGACGAUCCGGGCGCAGAGGUUUGAGUGGGGUGAUGAUGAGGUUUGUGGGGAUCCGAGCUUUCCGAGACCGGGGUAUGGGCCUUAUAGGGUGCCGAGUGGGCAGGUAUAG